AUGGUUAGUACUUUGUCAUUCUUUGGUUUCAGAGAGUUCAUUCUCAUUGUUGUUAAUGUUGCUGGGGGUGUGGAAGGAACGGGUACUAAGCCUACGAUUGGGCGUCUAGUGAAGCCUUGGAGCCCUCCUCCAGUUGGCUGGCUGAAAGCAAAUAUUGAUGGUGCUUUUGAUCAGGCAACACAUACAGUAAGACUGGGUGUGGUGAUUCGAGAUGCUACUGGUACUGUGGUAGCUGGCGCCUGUGAGCAAUGUGAUCAUGUUUGGUCUCCAUUGGUGGUUGAGGCAUUAGCUAGUAGGUUGGCUUGCAGUGUGGUGACGGAUAAUCAUCUAGCUCCGGUAAUUUUUGAGUCUGAUUGCCUUCAACUAGUUCAAGCCAUUCGAGCUGAAAGUGAUGAUCGAUACUUCUGA